AUGGUCCGAACCCAACCUCCAGGGGGCUCCUCUCUGGCCCGGCCGGGCUGGAGGGGGGGAGCCGGACACCUCCGCUUCCGACGAUGGCUUCAGGUGCUUUUCCGAAAGGCCUUAAAGGACAAGCUCGAAGACUUUGAAGAGCCCAAUGUGCUUCGAAUUCUCCGGCGCCACAUUAUCAACUAUAUUCAGAUCCAGGAGUUGCAGAAGGCUGGAGUGGUGUCCUCCUUCUUCGCCGUGCACCAGUGGCAGCAUCUCCAGGAGCUGCAUAACCGUGGCUGGAACAACCUUUCACGCUUGUGGAGCUGGCCGAAGGCGCCGUGGACCGUCGGCCGUUCGAAGAAGACCGUCGGGGCCCUGGCCGGAGGAACUGGCUGUGCUGGCACAGCUGGGGGAUUUGACGGUGACGGAAAGAAAGAGGGAGGGGGAAGCUGUGUACUGUUAGACCCGUUGCAAGAUUUAAGAUAUGGCAAGGUCACUCCCUGGUCAUUAUGUAUUGCCUCAAUGACUCAAAAGUGGAAGGACGGCACCGCGGAUUUCAUCGUGCAGUACACCGGAGUGCAGGUGGCAUUCCUGUUCCACCUUUACAACACCUUCACCAGGUGGCUCUCGGGUCCAGCCGUGCUGAGUACGGUGAACUUCGUCUUGCGCCGGUGCCCCUUCACCAGCGCUCGCGAGGCGAGCGUGGAAGAGAUGCAGGUUCGCUAUAACCAGUUGCUGAACUUGAAAACCUACCGCUGGGGGAUGGAAGGGGCCGAGCGGGAAAUCGUGCCAGUCCGGAAAGAGUUUAGUGACGAAUAUCGUGGAAGUAUCCUGGAUGGAUUGCAGAAGUUUGCACAUUCCCUCCUAUGCUUGGUCUUCAUCGUGGAGACCAUUGGUGCCGCGCAAGUGAUCUCCUCCGUGAGCCAUGAAGCGCAUGCACAUCCUGAGGAGUCAACAAGAGGUAUUCCAAAUACCACGGUGAUCUUGCUGGCCAAGUAUGCCAUAACACUCAAUAUCAAGGUGGUUGACCUCAUUUGGACCCCACUGUCGACUUGGCUCAGCAAGAAGGAGAACUGGCGAACCGAGCCGGAGAUGAAAUCCCAUAUGAUUGUGAAGCUCUUUGCGGUGAAAUUUGUGGUUUUCUAUUACCCCUUUGCGCACACCAUCCUCAUCCAGCCCUACUGGGGCAAGGGCUGCGAUGGCGGCGAGAUGUCAGGCUGCGUGAGCAAGUUGAGAUCGGACCUCUAUUUCUUCUUUGUGUGCCAGGCGUGCAACUCGUCAUCCGCUCCGAAAGUUGCGAUUCAAGCAGGAGCCCAAAACCACAAGUUCACUUACCUGGAGCUGCAGGCAAAGGUCCCGGAAUAUGGUGAAGCGGAGCAGAUCCAGGACUACAUGCAGCUGGUGCUCAGCUUCGGCUUUAUUGCAAUGUCGAAAGCUGAGUUUGGCGUCACGUGUCCAUCUAUGUCAAUCCUUUGCUUCUUCGUGACUUUUCCCAUCAAACGGCUGCUCGCAUACAAGAUCUCUUAUGCACACCAGCGGGUGAUCCCAAGGGUAGAGGAAGGCAUCGGCGCCUGGCGCUCCAUUAUGAACUUCAUCGCCUACAUAGGCGUGACCUGCACCUGCUAUAUCGUGAUUUUCGUCUUCAGCAUUGAACACAUGGACUUCGCCAGCAAACUUCUGGUCUUCAUCCUCAGUGAGCGGGCCUCUCGGACCGAACGACCGUCGGUGAGAGAUGUGGACGACCUGAGGACGAGGUCCCGUCGGUUGUCUGGGCUCCUGGCGGAUUCACCUGGGGCAUUCCGUGAAUUUGAUGACGAUGACUGA